AAUAAAUAGACGAUUAGAUCAGUCAACCAGUCUCAACAAAAAUACCACACACAAACAUAAACCACAUAAAAUUGUAUAAAGUACUGUCUGGAGAUAUUCGCAUAUCACAUCGUUUUUUUAAUAUUACAAAGAAACCAAAUUCUACAUACGACAGCCUGCACCAAAAACGCACCAAUACUUUUUAUCUCGAGAGUAGUCACUUCGUUCAGUAUUUACUCGAGUCCGGUUGCUAGAUAGUAACGCAAAAAUGUCAGAAAAGUAUGUAUUUGAACUGGGAGCAGAAGCAGAAGAAUAUGCUAAAGAAAAUUUGAAUGAAACUGAAGAAACCAGAGAAAAGGCAUUGAAUGAAAUUCAUGCGUGGUUGACUGAAGAAAAAACUAAUUUAAAUGCCCGACUGGAACCGAGGUAUAUUUUGCCAUUUUUGCGACAAUCCAAAUUCAACAUAGAAGAAGCAAAAACAAAAAUCAUCAACUAUUACAACUUACGACGAGACAAUGCAAAAUGGUUUACAGAUCGGGAUCCCACCAAUCCAGAACUAGCUGAAAUCAUCAAAGUCGGAGUAUUUAUUCCAUUAAGGAAACUCUAUAAGAAUCAAGUUGUUUUUCUGAUUAGAACAGCUGCACAUGAUCCCAAGAAACAUUCCCAAGAAAACGUGUUUAAGGUAGACCACAUGAUUCUGGAUAUUGCUGCAUUAUUUGAAUUUGAGAUGGCUCAUAUAUACGGAGCCAUAUCCAUAUUCGAUAUGAACGGAGUAACGGCGUACCAUGCAAAACAACUAACACCUGGUAUUGUCAAAAGAUCCGUUACAGCUUGGGGAAAUUACCAUACUACCUCCAAGAAUUAUGAUUUUAUUAAUUCACCGACUUACCUAAAUGUAAUCUUAAAUAUUUUUAAAAGCUUCAUGAGCGAGAAAAUGAAGAGGUGCACCAGAGUGCAUACUAAAGGUAUCGAGAGCCUUCAUCAGAUAGUUGAUAAAGAAAUUUUACCUGAAGAGUAUGGUGGAAAUGAUGGAAAAUUGGAAGAUUUGAUAAACUAUUGGUACGAAAAAUUAGUAAAUAAAAGGGACUGGCUACUAGAAGAUGAAAAAUAUAGAGCUGAUUAAUUUUUGACAUAAACCGUUUUUUAUUUAUACAAAAUAAUUAGGGUAGGUGGGAGCAAAGGUAUGCAUUUUCUAAAUUUUCAUCUCUAGUGAAUCUCCUAAUGCUUGAAUUGGCACAGAAUAUAGAUGAAAGUGAAAUUGAUACAUUUUGUAAUCAUAUUAGGCAAAAAAAGUGUAAAUGCGUACCUUUGUUCCACCCAAUGGGGCAAAAGUACACACAUGCGUACUUUUGCGGAUUUAAGACAUUUUGCAAUUGAGACAAAAUUAGCUGAUAGAAUAUCAAGCUGAACAUCACAUUCACUGUGAAGAUUGACUUGAAACAUGCAUUUGCCAAGUCUACCUCAUGUGGGGCAAAGGUACGCACUGCGAACGUUUGCCCCAUUUCAACGUUCGCGGUGCGUACCUUUGCCCCGUUUGUGUGAGUACUUUUGCCCCAUCCGGCAACCAAUAAUAUAUCUAACCUCAAUAUGAAACUAUGCACAUAUGAACUUCAAACGGUCAUGUAGAAGAAGACUUCUAACAAUAAACUUUCAACUUGCCUAACCAAUAAUAAUCUGAAUUUGAAAGAUUAAGAAUUAGAAUCAAUCAAUUUUUAAGAAAAAUUAGAUCAAAAGGUACAAAAAUAAUUUUUACCUCAUUUUUUUUUGUGUUCGCCCUGAUUGCGCCAAAGUUUUUCAUCCAAUGCUACUGAGUAGUACAAACAUAUGCCACAAGAUGUUCUCGCCAACAUAUAAGAAAUUACUGAAAAAUGUAAGUGCGUACCUUUGCCCCGUGCGUAAUUUUGCCCCCACCUACCCUAUGUAUUUUUUAAGCAUUUAAAUAAACUGGCGUUUGGUUUUUUA